GGUGGUACCUCCACCACGCCAUACACGAAGGGGGAGGAGGAGAAGAUGGCCGCCAUCUUGCAGGAGAGGAAGGAGAAGAGGGAGGCCAAGAAGAAGGCCCUACAGGAGGAGCAGGCGGCCAAGUUGAGAAAGAUUGAGGAAGAGAUGGCCUGAGAGAAGGAGAGAAUCAUGAAGGAAGAAGAGGCGAAGUUGAAAGAGGUGGAUGAGGAAGAAGAGGAAGGACCGCCAUAUAAAGGAAGAGUGGGCAGCACAGUGGCAGCAAGGAUGAAGAGAUGGAGAAGCGGAUUUCAGAAUGGGUCGCCAACUUGUCCCUGGGUGAAGAGGAAGAGGUUGCUAUGUACAUCCCCAAGGAUGAGCAAGAAGCCGUCAUGAAAAAAUGGGAAGCAGAGGAAGAUGUUCUGACGCGGCAGGCGAUGGAGGAUGAACAGAGGAUGGCGUGGAAGCUCGCGAUGAUGAGGGAGAAGAAGAGAAGAGUGGAGGCGGCGAAUGCAGCAAUACAGGAAUUGGAGGAGGUGCAAAAAUUGAGGCCACAAUUGACACCCCAGGUAGAUCUCGAGCGGAAGGUGGAGAUCAUCACCCAGAGCGUCGAGCGUUUAGCCAAAGUGCAAGAAAAGCACUAUGAGUUUAGUCGCAGCCAGGAGAUAUCUGUGCGUUCGAUGCGAACGGGAUUACGGGACUUUGCGUGCGAGUUAGCAGGCGCUGUGGGGUCUGAGGUGGCAGUGCCCAAGGAGGAGGAGGCUCGCCCUCGCAGGGAGCCAGUCAAAGUCAAAUUCCCUGAUUCCUACAGUGGAAAAAGGGACGAGAACUUUGACAAUUGGGAGGCCAAUGUCAGGACCUAUGUGCAUCUGCAACAGGUCUCCCCGGAUCAGCAGGUCGUAAUUGUGAUCCAUGCGCUUAAGGAUGAGGUCGCCAGUUUCGCAAGGUCCCUUGUGCGUGCUGCCAACAACAGUGACGAUCCGGUCGUGUACUCCACAUUCACCUCCCUCGUUGAGUUCCUGAAGUUGCUGCGCAAGCGAUUUGCUGAUGUCGCCCGUAGUGUCAAAGCCUCAGAUAGGCUUGAGACAGUACACUCGCGCCAAUGGAAGAGUGCAAGGGCACUCAAGGGCACGAUGGAUGAGUUAGUGGCUGUCCCUGACCACAAGGUCACAGAGACCCAGUUGGUCAACCUCUUCUAYCGGGCUAUGCCCGAAGCGCUGCGKGGYCACUUCUUYGCGAARAGUCAGGACCCUGCUAUGACUUAUGAUGCACUUAGCAGGGAAGUGGUCGCGUUCGAGGCGAAGUCUGCGUCGAUUUCCACUUUCUGGCACAAAGAUUUAGACAAGGGCAAAAAGUGGAAGGGCCGCACUAUCUCAGGGCAAGUGAAGACUAAGGAUAGCCUUGUCCUAACCUUAGAUGAGGGUAGUGUGGACGAGAUCCCCUACGAUCAGAUUGAGUGGGGGUUAGAGAAGGAGGACAUCGGUGUGGGCCAAGGGAGAUCUUACGCUGUUGUCGCGGCCGGAGGGAGGCCGCAAGGAGGAGGACGAGGCUAGGGCCAAGGGGGCCGGGCCUCAGGGAGCCGGUUCCAGGGCGAUCAGGGGGUUGGCGGCAGAGGAGGAAAACGCCAAGCGGGAGGCAGGGGUCGAGGUCCCCCGCAAAAUUGUCCUAGAAACAGGUCUCCCUAUAGGGUAGGAGGAUGGCACCAGGGGCUACUGCAGGGUAGGCCUUGGGAAACUUUGGGUCUAGACCAGACUCUAUGGCAACGACGAU